AAAUUCAGGAUAGGUAGACGCUUUAACAAUGGCUGCGCGCAUGAAAGAUUAUUAACAAUAACAUCUUAAACUAAUAACGAUUAAUCGUAUGAUCAGCUGUUCCGCUGAAGUGCCAUUGUACGAUGACAUCUAUUAUCCGACUACAGCCACUGUCGGGGGCCGAAGAUGAAAGCCCGCCUUGCUACCUACUGCAGGUCGAUGAGUUUCGUUUUCUGCUGGACUGCGGUUGGGAUGAAGACUUCAGUAUGCCGGUCAUGAAGGAGAUCAAGAGACAUGUACACAAGGUAGAUGCGGUACUGUUGACCUACCCAGAUCUUCUACAUUUGGGCGCCCUGCCUUACCUGAUGGGCAAAUGUGGACUCUCCUGUCCGGUGUACGCCACAGUUCCUGUGUACAAGAUGGGCCAGAUGUUCAUGUAUGAUCUUUUUCAGUCCCGUAACAACUCUGAAAACUUCAAUAUGUUCACUCUGGAUGACGUGGAUCAGGCAUUUGAUAAGAUCAUUCAACUGAAGUAUUCCCAGACCGUCAACCUUCCAGGGAAAGGUUUUGGCCUACAGAUUACACCACUUCCUGCUGGUCACAUGCUUGGCGGCACAAUCUGGAAGAUACUGAAAGAUGGGGAGGAGGAGAUUGUCUAUGCUGUUGACUACAACCACAAAAAAGAAAGACAUCUGAAUGGUUGUAUCCUGGAGGGGAAAUACUUUACUCGCCCACAUCUUAUGAUCACUGACGCCUUUAACGCAAACUACAACCAAUCACGACGCAGGGUUCGAGAUGAACAACUAAUGACAACCAUUCUGCAGACAAUGAGACGUGAUGGUAAUGUCAUGGUUGCUGUGGAUACUGCAGGAAGAAUGCUUGAACUCGCUCAGUUACUGGACCAGAUCUGGAGAAACACUGAAUCAGGCCUCACCACGUACUCUCUUGCACUUCUCAACAAUGUCAGUUUCAACGUCAUCGAGUUUGCAAAGUCCCAGGUAGAAUGGAUGAGUGAUAAAAUCAUGCGAGCAUUUGAGGAUCACAGGACCAACCCUUACCACUUCAAGCACCUCAAACUGUGUCACAAUCUCUCUGAGCUGGGAAAAAUACCAGAACCAAAGGUCGUGUUAUGCAGCCAGCCUGAUUUACAGAGUGGGUUUUCUCGAGAUCUUUUUGUGGCGUGGUGUGGGAACCCGAAAAACAGCAUCAUACUGACUAAUCGCACGUCCCCUCGCACACUAGCACGCUGGCUAAUAGAUCACCCGGACAACAAAACUGUCACAAUGGAGGUACGCCGGAGAAUCCGUCUUGAAGGAGCUGAGCUUGAAGAAUUUAUGAAGAAAAAACAUGAAGCGGAGGAAAAAGAAAAGAAAAAAGCUGUCCAAGAACCGGAGGAGUCGAGCGAUGAGAGUGAUGCGGAGAUGGAAGUGGAUGGUGCAGUCCCCGCCCCGAGCACUUCCCGCGCCAAGCAUGAUAUCAUCAUCAAACAAGAGGGCAAAGGUCGUUCAGGUUUCUUCAAACAAGCUAAAAAGUCAUACCCUAUGUUCCCCUACACAGAGGAGAGGAUGAAAUGGGACGAAUAUGGGGAAAUCAUCAGACCAGAAGACUACAUGAUCAGCGAGACAACUGUGUCUGAUGAAACUCUGUCGACGGAGAAGCUUGUUGCUGAAUCUGACCAACUUCAAGAUGUAUCUGAAGUUCCAACCAAAUGCAUUGCCGUGACGGUUACAUUAGAUAUCAAUGCCAGCAUACAGUACAUCGAUUUUGAAGGCCGGACAGAUGGAGAAUCCAUGAAGAAGAUCCUAAGUCAGAUUAAGCCAAGGCAGCUGGUUCUUAUCCAUGGAAGUGAGGAGGCUACGUCAUCGCUGGCGGAAUAUUGUCGCACUACCUCCGGGGUUGUACAGGGAUCUGUCUUCACGCCUAGCAUAGGAGAGGUGGUGGACGCUACUACAGAAAGUCAUAUCUAUCAGGUGAAGCUGAAGGACUACCUUGUGUCCGCGCUCGAGUUCUCCAAGGCGCGAGAUGCUGAGCUCGCAUGGAUUGACGGUAUCAUCAACUUUACAGAAAGCCGACUAGAUAUCGAAACUGAUAUACAAGAAGAUGAUGAGGAAGAUGCUAAACUGUCCAUUGUAAGAGGACGAGAAGGCCUCGAAAACGUGCCCAUCUUGGAGGCUGUUCCUUCUAACCAGAUCUCAGGACACACAGCUGUGUUUAUCAACGAGCCGAAAUUGAGCGACUUUAAGGUAGUGCUGUUACAGGAAGGCAUUCAGGCUGAGUUUAGUGCGGGAGCACUGGUUUGUAACGACACCAUCGCAGUCAGAAGGAACGAGGCUGGACGUAUGCAACUGGAGGGUGCUAUCUCACGUGACUAUUUCAAAGUGCGAGAUCUUUUGUAUAAACAGUACGCCAUUGUUUGACCAAUGCUGAGGUCAUCGUGUUGUUUUUGACGUUCGUUUGGAAAUCACCAUUACUGGAGUGUGUUCAUGAACGUUUAUCUGUAUAAAGUACAAGAGACCUAUAACGUUACAUUUGACGGUAACUAAUGAAGUGGAAAUCAGAGUGUCUUUUUGUUUUUCCAGAUCAGUUUUAUUCGUACAUUUCAUUGUAAAAUGAUUGAACCUAUCAAUGCCGUUUGAAAAUGUCAAAGUAUUUUGUUUUAAUUGGAUGAGUACUCUUUCUCACCGACUCAAGAACAUUACAUACUAAUUUAACAUUACAAAAGACGUAGUCGUUUCAUUCAAUAAAAAUGUAAAUACUUUUUUACUUUUGUAUUUAAGAUCUGAAGUAUAUUGAUGGCAAAAUGUAAAAGUUGUUGAUGUCCUGAACCCAUUUCCUUGAAAUAUCUUAGUAUUCAAGUAUACUGAUUCUGUAAUCAGUUGCUCAAAGCAGGGUUGUCACUAGACGUUGCUUGAAACACUAUAAAGUUCGUCGUAUUUGAUAUGUCAAAUAAAAAUGCAAAAAAUAUUUUGAAUUACAUUCCUUCACACCUAAGCAGCGGACUUAUAUCUUGUUUUAAUAUAAAACUACAAAAAUCGCGCAGUGUCGAAAUAAAAUGGAUCUUAUUUAAAUCUCACUUUAAUAAGCCACUGUUUUUUUAAGAAUUAGGAAAACAAUAACAUUUAAGCUAACA